AUGUCAAGCCCUGAACCUCCAGAGCCUACCUCGCAAGAGGUUACGAAGGCCAGAUACACCCCUAGCCAACCUUCUGCCAGCGAUGGCCAGCAAAAGAGUAAUAGGGAGGAGCCGGACACGGACAGGCCUCUAACGAGGAAUGCCAGGAGAUUUUCCGCUACGCCAGGGGAACCGAUACCGCAGAUGGAUGGGACGAGCCGAGAAAUCCCAUUCGCGCAUAUGAGGGUGCAUUUCGAAGACUUCGCGAUGCAACUGCGACUGCAUCGACACCACGAACACCGGAAACGUAUACUUUCUCAUCGCCGAAAUCGAUUGCAGAAUGCUGUAGCUCUAUCUGCCCGGCUUCACCGUGUAAGUUCCUGGGUACACGACGGCCUGGUCGAAAUAACUCAACAGGCGGAUGCAAGUGGAUUUACACGCCUGCACCAGCACACGCACGAUCUGGUCGAUUUGUGCUUCUCCCAUUGGAAUCAUGAGAUCCAAGGUCAAGAUCCCGUGUAUACGUCAAAUGCCUCCGUUAAGGAGCCCUUUCUCUCCCAAUUACCACCCUCAGCGCAACAAGACUGUCUCGAAUUUAUUCAGACGUUACGCAACAACCCCCGGUUUCUCGUCGAGAGAUUCAAAGCAAUGUCUCCAGCACAGAUUUCGUCUCUGUCCACAUCUCCUAAGUUUCAGGAGCUCUCGGAAUCUGUCCUGACUUCCUUGUCACAAAAUCGCGGAAGAGCUUCGGUGAGGAAACGAGUCAAAGCCUAUUCCAAAGACUUGGAAGACUACGCUUCUUCCUUUGAGCGAUCUAACCCUCUGUCAUUCCUUCUCCACAACAUCUAUGCACCUUAUCAGGACGUCGAAAGUCCCGAGAGCAAACUCAGAUUUGCGACAUGGUCGACAAUUUGCUCUAGCCUGAUGGUUGAGUCUGCACAUGCCUCCGACGCUCUUAUGGGACAGGUCCUGAGUAUGUUUGCAAGUUUGUACGAGUGGCAAAUCAAAGACCGUUUGGAGUUGUUCCUGAUGUCUGUCUUGCAAAGAGGUGCAUUUCUAAUCGACAUCGUGGAAAACUCGGCAGCAGGCCCGCCGUCGAAUCUCGGAAUUCUCAACACAUUCAAUACUCCACAAGCCCAUGAGUUUUUUGAUGAAUCUGUCAGAGAGCUGUUCGAAAUCCUGUCCUGUGAAGGGGGUAUGCCAAUUGGCGCUCUUCAUUUAGGCCGAGCCAUCAUAGGAAAGCUUCCCACGGUUGAGCUUCAGAGCCAAUUCCGUGGUCAUCUGUUCUUUCAAUGGUUUCUCAAACACUUCCUUCGGAUCACGAUUGGCUACCCUGAGGAUGAAAAAAUGCUCCUCCAAUUCCAUAUCAGUGAUAGAGCAAGGUCGCAUUUACUUCAUCAACUGUGGGACCGUGCAUGCUCUAGAGCAACUGAUACUGUCAGUCCGAUGCGUGCUCAACCAGUUGAUCCUGUGAUACAAAACUAUGUCCUUGCGAUGAUCAGCCAACUUGAGGCAGACGAGCAUUGUUUCGACCCAUAUCAAGGCAGCAGGUCCCCGAAUGAUCCUACGGCACCAUGUGACCCUCCUUUCCUCUCCAUAUGUGCAGCCGAUGUCGCACAUGUUCUCGAGGCUCUGAGCCCUCAAUUCAUUCAUACGUCAAGUCCUUAUGAUUCUUUUUUAAGUUCAUCGCAUUCGAUCUUCAGGAUGCAAUACUCCCAUGCUAGCAGUAAGUUCAACAACUUGCGGCGACGAAUACUGGCCGUGAUCGAGCCUGGGCACUCCUCCAAGAACAUUCACCCUUGCCAUGAAAAUUGGGCGCAGCUCUCAAUUUCUCCGGCUGGGGUGCUCUCUGCAGUUGUACCUGAUGGAGCUUCAGAGGUCACAAUGAGAAUGGAGGAACUUGGGAAUCUUCAUCUCGCCGAAGAAGCCGCGUUUCGUCUGGUCGAAGGACGUUUGCGCUCAGACAGAGGGCAAGUUUUUGAUAUAAUUCCCAGUACAAGGUCCAAGGCAUCUUCCCUUGCCGAAAUGUUCGCAGCAGAAGCAAGAUCGGCCCAUAUCAAGACCGACAGCGUCACGGCGCUGUACUGGCAGGAUGCCCUUGCAUUCUUACGUCGACAUUAUCCUCUGACUGUAUUGACAGAGGAUGACACAAAGGUCCUUGGUCCCAUUACAGAGAAACUGAGGAAUGGUCAAAUGCAAAUUGCACUGGAUUGCCAGAAACUGGAAGAAGAGGUUGCUCAACUGGAAACUUUGUACAACUUUGCAACAGCAAGGAUAUCGAAGCUUUCCGUAUGGCUCGACAAAAUCCGAGUGAAACUCUGGUAUAAGAUGGAUGUGGUGAGCUCCGGCGCCUACGAAGAUGCGAAGAAUAUCGCGACAGCACUGAAUAAUAUGGCAUUAUCAAAAUUACAAGGAUAUGUGCCGAGUCAACGAGGAGCAAAUUCGCCAGAGGCUAGCCGGCCGGGUACCUCAGACACCUCCGCCUCAUCGUUAUUUGAGCAGCCUCGAAUUGACACCAUGAGUCUCCUAAAAGCCCCGGCCGAACACGGUGGGCCCAGGAAGCUUGCCGAUGCUCAGAUUGAGUUGAUAAAUAAAUGGCUAGAACGCAACCACGUGGACAACUUUUGCAAAGGGGAGGAAAGAAUCCAUCGUUUCUGCAUGGAGGUGAAAAUGGCGAUCAAGAAGCUCGUGGGGGAAACACUCAGCGAGAGCCCCGUAUUGUGGUCGAGUGACCUUUUCACACGGGAAAGGAAUCUUUUCGACAUUCAUGCCAAUACAGGUUUCAGUGCCCAGCCAAGUACCAGAUCUGCCAGUGUCUGGAGUGAACCCCUAUCAUCGAGCUCGUUUCCAUCCAGGACGGGAUUCUUCGGCUCACGAGCCUCGUUCUUCAGCCAAGGCUCAAGCAGGCUGGGAAGGGACUUGUUGGGGAGCGACCUGGCUUCGUUGAUCAGCUCGCCAGGCCGGGCAACAACUGUGACUACCCUGGAGUCCGGCAGCAGCGUAUGGUCACCUCCUCAAUCAAAUCCAAGAUCGGUGACGUCGGCAUCAUCGUUGUCGAGACCAGGAUCGAUGUUGGAAGAUCAUGGAUGGAAUCGGCUGACCGACCACAAUCGGCAAAAGGCCAAUUUUCUGGAUCAACUACAGCAGGACCUGGUCUGCCUGUUGCUGUCCGAUCUCGGAUGUCCGGUUUGGAGCUGUGGAAGCGAAACCGAUGCUUGGAUGGACACAAUGCGGCAAACUGCGAGUAUUGUGGAACGGCUAGAGCAGAGGGCUGUUUUGGCUCGACUGCAUCGUAACGCAGACAGCCGACGUUCUGCUGUAACAUCUGAUUCCAGGGCCAGUAUGAAGCGGUGGGGACGAAGCCAGAGCGCGGAUGCAAAUUCACAGCAAGCCCCGGGUCACGGCCGGACUGCAGAUGCGCAUCCUUUCGAGUCGUUGCUCAAUUUCGAGGGCUCCCGUACUGACGCCGGCGAGUUUUCAUACCACAGUGCAUUCAGUGACGUGCUCUCUCGGGUGCAGAAGCAUGUGGAUCCUCACUCAAAACUAAAGGCCAUCUACGACUUCAAAACUUUGUCUCAGGCCUUUCACAAAAGUCGAAGGUAUCUGCCCCCAGCAGGAAACGAAAUAUCACGAGUAGACGGAGUCAAUUCGGAAGAGCUUUUGCGACGACGCAGUCUGAACCCAAGUGUGCUAUCGGCGAAUCUCAGCCGGCAUGAAGGGAAAGACGUCAAGACUCGUCCCUUUCAAACUGAUAAUGAAGACAAUCUUACGACGCUCUUGAAACAACUCCUCUUUGCUCUGCAACCCAAAACCAUCUUCCGAGACUUACAAUACGUUGCUGCUUUUGUGUCUUCUCAAACUUUGGCAGAUACCGAAGUGGGCCGAGCCUUUCUCCAUGUCGGUCUCGCUGCCUUAGCUUGGAAGGAUGAGGUGUGUCGAGGUAUGGUGGACGUGGCGGACCGCAUUGUGGUCAGAGACUCGAUCAAGAGAGAUGCUCGUGGACGCGAGCGUAACGAGCCAUCGAUCCUGAAGGCGAUGGACUACUGGCUGAUCGCGGCCCGGGAGGGCAACGCCAUUGCCCAGCGAGAACUGGCGAGUUUAUACCUCACACACCCAGAAGUACCACCUAUUGUCAGUCUGCCUCUGGCACUGUCUUCGGAAAUCUUCAAGAGUGAGAUGAUGUGGGAAGAGCACGAGGGGUCACGCCGUUGCAGGCAGUCGCUUUGCCUCGCGCUACAUUGGAUGCAGCAAGCAGCACAAAACGGGGAUACAGUGGCGCAGACCAAGUUGAAGGAGCGCCGAGCGAACCGGUCCCUGCAGUAA